AUGGAAACCUUCACAAUACACGAUAUGCUCAUCAAUUCAACUGAUCUGUAUAAAAUAUUGUGCGGACUUGGAUUUAGGAAUAUGUCGGAGUGCGACAGUGACCCGCCACCGGAGGCGAAAGACAUGAACCAGACGGUGCGCAUUGUCCUCUAUAGCCUCAUCUUCCUCCUGAGCAUCCUGGGAAACAGCCUGGUCAUCUGCGUCUUGGUGAGGAACAGACGCAUGCGCACCGUCACCAACCUCUUCCUCUUGUCGCUGGCUGUCAGCGACCUGAUGCUCUGCCUCUUCUGCAUGCCCUUCACUCUGAUCCCCAACCUAAUGAAGGACUUCAUCUUCGGCAGCGGCAUCUGCAAAGUGGCCAUGUACUUCAUGAGUAUCUCGGUCAGUGUAUCUACGUUCAACCUGGUCGCUAUCUCUCUGGAACGCUACAGUGCCAUAUGCAAGCCUCUGACAUCCCGUACGUGGCAGACCAAAUCCCAUGCCGCCAAGGUCAUCUCCGCCACCUGGCUGAUGUCCUUUCUUCUUAUGCUGCCUUACCCCAUCUCCAGCACGCUGGUACCCUUCACGCGGAAUAACAACAGCACCGGCAACAUGUGCCGACUGGUCUGGCCCAGUGACAUCAUCCAGCAGUCCUGGUAUGUCUUCUUAUUGUUGAUUCUCUUCUUGGUGCCGGGAAUUGUGAUGAUGGUGGCGUAUGGUCUCAUCUCUAUUGAGCUCUACAGAGGGAUCAAGUUUGAGAUGGCCAACCGAAAGUCUAACAAAGAGAGGACCUACAGUAGCAGCAGCUUGAGACUUGGCGAGAGCGAUGGUUGUUAUCUGCAGCCCUCCAAGAGGAAGCGUUCUGACACUCCAGCUCACCAGUCCACUGCUGCGGCCAUCACUGCCACCGCCAGCUCCAGACCCAAGCUGAACAGAGUGUGCAGCAACAGCCCUACAGCCAACCUCAUGGCCAAAAAACGGGUCAUCCGAAUGCUUCUGGUCAUCGUCUUCCUCUUCUUCCUCUGCUGGACACCCGUGUUUGCUGUCAAUGCCUGGCGGGCUUUUGAUCAGCGGUCGGCCGACAAGCUCCUCUCAGGAGCGCCCAUUUCCUUCAUCCACCUGCUGUCCUACACGUCGGCCUGUGUCAACCCCAUCAUCUACUGCUUCAUGAACAAACGAUUCCGGCAGGGCAUACUGGCCACAUUCACCUGCUGCAGGUGCGCUGACCCAGGGUCAAGGAGAGGAAGCAGCCGCCGCAGCGGGGCAGGUGGCACAUGUCCUGGGGUUGGGGGAGGGACUGGAGGUGGGGCCAGUCAGGAAAAUGGACACACCCAGUUCAAUGGGACACUGACAAGACUGACCUACACAAGCGUGCGGGGAUCCGCACAGGCUUAG